UUUCCUUUCCGAUUUGUCGUUUUUUCUCCUCACUGUACUCUGUAUUCCUCACACAGCACACACGACCGUGGUAUUCCAUUGAACCCUCAGUUCAGAAGCCCUUAGGAUAUCAUCUCCUGCCGCCUAAGCGAUUUUCACCUACCGACGUCACACCUUCAUCUACCUCCUCGUACAAGUCACCCGCUUGCCGCUCCCUGUACUUUUCUCUUGCUCGGCAACUAUUGCGAUGAACGUCACAAGAAGCACGAGGGCCCUGGGAGCUCUGAGGCCGCUGGCAGCUCGUUCCGCCCUCAAUGUCCGCCAGUACUCGUCCUCCUCCGAGUCAGACCUCAAGACUACGCUUAAGAGCGUCAUCCCGGCCAAACGAGAACUCUUGAAGAAGGUCAAGGCACACUCCUCCAAGGUCAUUGGCGAGGUCAAGGUCGAGAACGCCCUGGGGGGCAUGCGCGGCCUGAAGGCCAUGGUCUGGGAGGGGUCUGUCCUGGAUGCGAACGAGGGCAUUCGCUUCCACGGCAAAACCAUCAAAGACUGCCAGAAGGAGCUGCCAAAGGGCAAGACCGGCACCGAAAUGUUGCCCGAAGCCAUGUUCUGGCUUCUACUCACAGGCCAGGUCCCUUCCACAAACCAGGUCCGCCAGUUCUCUCGUGAACUGGCCGAGCAGGCUCAGCUGCCCGACUUUGUCAACAAGUUGCUCGAUAACUUUCCUACCGACCUGCAUCCCAUGACCCAGUUUGCCAUUGCCGUCUCUGCCCUGAACUACACUUCCAAAUUCGCCAAAGCCUACGAACAGGGUCUCAACAAGGCCGACUACUGGGAGCCUACCUUUGAUGAUUCAAUCUCGCUGUUGGCCAAGCUGCCAACCAUCGCCGCCAAGAUCUACCAAAACUCCUAUCGUGGCGGUGGAGCCCUCCCGGCCGAGGUUGACCUUGAGCAGGAUUGGUCCUACAACUUUGCUGCCAUGCUUGGAAAGGGUGGUAAGGAAAAUGAGAACUUUCAGGAUCUUCUCAGGCUCUACCUCGCUCUCCACGGCGACCACGAGGGAGGCAACGUCUCCGCUCACACCACCCACUUGGUCGGCAGCGCCCUUAGCGAUCCCUUCCUCAGCUACAGUGCAGGUCUUCAGGGCCUAGCUGGACCUCUCCACGGGCUCGCCGCUCAAGAGGUCCUUCGAUGGAUCAUUCAGAUGAAGGAUAACAUCCCCAAGUCUUAUACUGACAAAGACGUGACGGACUAUUUGUGGAGCACUCUCAACUCUGGCAGAGUGGUACCUGGAUACGGCCAUGCAGUUCUCCGCAAACCCGACCCUCGUUUUGAAGCCCUGAUGGACUACGCCGCCGCACGUCCCGAAAUCGCACAGGACCCCGUCUUCCAGCUUGUACAAAAGAAUAGCCAAAUCGCUCCCGAGGUACUCAAGAAGCACGGCAAGACAAAGAAUCCCUACCCCAAUGUCGAUUCUAGUUCUGGCGUUCUCUUUCACCACUACGGUUUCCACGAGACGCUGUACUACACCGCCACAUUCGGUGUCUCCCGUGGCCUGGGUCCCCUGGCGCAGCUCAUUUGGGACCGCGCCCUUGGCUUGCCCAUUGAGAGACCCAAGAGUAUUAACCUUGAAGGUCUCCUUAAGCAGGCCGAGAGUUCGUAAAAGGGGAUUCGCAGAUUUUGAGAAUGGAGAUGUUGAGAGCGUGGUAAAAUGUGCUACUUCCCGUCAUAGACCUAGCCGGAGUUUGCCAUGGAAUACAGGAAUAAAUGAAACCUCAGCUAUAUUAGCAACUGGAUUUUUCAGCAAACGCCACGCAUAAAUCAUUGCGUAUUCUUACAUUAUACCACCACAGCAAGUUCCAGACUGGCUUGCGGCCAUCGCGGUCUGAUUAAAUUGCUCGCCUAAGAAUCAUUACCCGGGCUCCAUCUAUUUUCAGCCAAGACUGCAUCGCGUUCGAUGAACCCUAGGAUCGCUCACUGAAGAUAAUUAGGCAAUGAAACUUGAUUGCUCGAGACCAUACUAAUACCGACGAGAGCUCCGGCCAGCCGAUCUUAGACCUCCUUUUCAGCUUUCUCUCCGACCAGGUUUUCUCAUUAAAAGGCACCAAAGCUUAUGUCAAUCACGGGCAUAACCCAGCCGGCAAAUUGCAUGGUUCUGCUGAGACCGGAUAAACAGGGCCCAAGACAACCUGUCGAUUCAGAACCAAGCAAGUUUAAGGACAGCUUUUAGUACUAUGCACGACCGCAUGCCCUGAAGGGAUUGGCGCCCGACGGCUAAAGUCUUUCCAGCUCAUCUCUUAUAUCGUUAAAUAAAUUAGUGUUAUGCAGACAAUAUGUUAUACAAUAUCUCUUCGCUGGGUCUAGUAAGCCUUACCUGCU